UUUAAAUAUUUAAAUACUGCUGACCAAUGAUUCGAAAGGUUCCGAACAGUUCCGAAUAUUGUCGAAUGAACUUUCAUUAUUUCUUUGUGUUGACACUUGUUAUAGUGUUGUGAUUAAGGGAGGUUAUGUGUCACCUGUGCAGAAGUUCAGAAAAAGUACAUGAAUUGGCCUGUUUGCUACAAUACGCAAUUUUACAAUGGUUUAUUCUAUGAUGUAAAAUGAUAUCUUCAGAUAUUAAAUGUCAAACUGCGGCAUAAUAAGUUUAUCAUGUUCAACGUAGUAAAAUAACAAAUGAUUUUUGUCUAUAGUAGCAACUGAUUAUCAUCAAAAGGUUUAUAUUAUUAUUUAUUUGACAAUGAACAAAAUGAAGCGUAAAACCUUAACAAUUCAAGAAAAAAUGAAAAUUUUUACUAAAAUGGAUGAAAAUACUCAAUUAACACAAGUACAAAUUGCUAAGGAAUUUAAUAUUUCAACAUCCACUUUAUAUUCGAUAAUUUUAAAGAGAAAGGAACUUGAAGAGGCUGCAAAAACAGUUGAUGUAAAAAGAAAGAGAGUAAAAAGUGCAAAAUUUGAAGAGCUCGAAAAAAUUCUAUUCGAAAGUUUACAUCAAUUACGAUCCAAAAAUAUUCCCAUCAAUGGAUCUGUAAUCAGAAAAGUAUCAUUAGUUGUUGCUAAUCAGCUAAAAAUUGAAAAUUUCACUGCAUCAAAUGGAUGGAUUGAUCGAUUUCGAAAAAGAUAUGUCAUCAAUUGUAAGAUAAUACCUGGUGAAUGUACAUCAAUAUCAGAAAAUAUUGUUGAAGGAUGGAAGAAUAAUGUUCUCCCUAGAAUUUUAAAAGAAUACGAACCAAAAGAUAUUUACAGUGCAAACGAAUUUGGAUUAUUUUUCAAUUUAUUACCUGACAAUAGCAUGACUCAUGGUAUAGAAUAUUGUAAUGGAGAAAAAUGUAGCAAACAACGUAUCACUAUACUAUUGGCAUGCAACAUGGAUGGAUCUGAAAAGUUAAAACCCCUAGUGAUUGGUAAAUCUAAACAGCCAAAAUGCUUUAAGAAUAUUCGAAAUUUUCCUUGUGACUAUACUGAUCAAAAAAAUGCUUGGAUGACGAGUGAACAGUUCGAAUUCUGGCUAAGAAAAAUUGAUUUCCAGAUGCGUACAAAAAGGCGUCAAAUUCUUAUGAUAGUUGACAAUUGUCCUGCUCAUCCUAAAAAUUUAGAAUUUUUGACAAAUUUAAGAGUAGAAUUUUUACCACCCAACAGUACUUUUCACACUCAGCCACUUGACAUGGGUAUUAUUAAAGUUAUUAAACAUUACUACAGAAAAAUGAUUGCGCGGCGGAUUUUGACUGAGAUUUCUCUUAACAAUCAACAAACAUCUUUAAAUUGGAAAGUCAAUAUACUUGAAGCUAUGCACUUUAUUGCUGCAAGUUGGGAAAUUGUAAAUUCAGAAUCUAUUCAAAAAUGCUUCAAAAAAGCUGGAUUUACGAUGGAUACUGAUCCUGUGGAAUAUGCGGAAGAAAAUGAUUAUGAUGAAACUCGGCAGAUUAUGGUCAUCGAUGCAACGAGUGACUGUCCUGAACCUUCCUUUAAUGAGGUUGUAAAACGUUGGAAUGAUAUCCAAAAUUUCUUCAAUUCAUCAGUAUCCUUUGAUGAGUUUGUUAACAUUGAUGAUUACACACCUGUAUACGAAAUUCAUUUUAAUGAUAGAAUCAUUGAUGAUUACAUGUCAAAUGCUUCGAAUAAAGAAUUCGGUAGUCAAAAUAUUAUUAAAAGUGAUGAUUUUGAAAGAACGAAUAAAGAGAGUGACGACGAGGUUUCUAUUGUAACAAGGUCAGAGGUAAUGGACUCUUUAAAAACAGUACGUCGUUUUUUUAGCCAGCUUAAAGGAGCAGAUGAAAGUGUAUUCAGUUUAUUGAAUAAAAUUGAAAAUCUUACACUAGUUAAUGAAAAUAUGGAUCUCAAACAAACCACCCUGCACGGAUGGUUUAAAGAGGAUUUAAAUUAAGAGAGAAACUUGCUCACUCCUGUCUCGGACAACCUAUGCCUUCGUCUCUUUUCAUGUUACCCGAUUCACCACAAAGUAAAGGUCUUCAUACUUUUAUAAGGAACAGAUAUACACAUCGAGAUGAAUUCAUUUUUUACUCAAAGAGACUUAUACGCCUGGUUAUUGAAUACGCCUUGUCUCUUUUACCUUUCCAGG